AUGUCCUGUGCCGUCGCUGCCCCCGCCUUCUCCCUCUUCCCCGUCUCGACCGCGUCGCCGAAUGCAUUCGCCAUCUUUGCGGCCCCCCAGUCGCCCCGCGACACUUUUGCAACACAGGAGGAGAUGUGGCAGAUGCUUCGGCCCUCGAACGGGCAGGCCGACGGCAGGAAGCGCAAUGCGUCCUUCUCCAAGUCGCUUGGCUUGAAGAAGUUUUUUGGGAUGGUUAUUGGUGGUGGCGAGGAAGAUGACGAAGGGCUACAAGGAGAGCGGGAGGGGGUUGAGAAGGGGAAGAAAGUAGGACAAAGUCGACGAGGAAGUCGAAAGAAGAAACAAAAGACGACGAGCUCAGAGAUUUUGCUCUCUGGUGUUGUUUAG